AUGGGCGCGUGCGCGUCCAAGACGUCGACGACCUCUCCGCCGGCGUCGUUGAGUCGGCAGACGAGCGCGUGCGCGUCGGAGACGAGCGCACGCGGGGUAAUUCGUCAAGAAUCGAUCGACGGCGCUCGACCGCCUCGACACCGACGCGCGCGCGAUGGGUCGACGAACGCGGACGCGGAGGCGCGGAGAAUCGUGCGCGCGAUCGAACGCGAGGCCGGGGAGCUUCGAUCGAGACAGACGGCGGAGAGACUCGCGCACGCGGUGAUGUUGGCGGAGGAGCGGCGGGCGAGAGACGCGGCGACGCAGACGUCGCGCGAGGAGCGACGACGACGGGGGAUGGGGGGCGACGCGGAGGGCUACGGGAGAUGUGAGAGGAUGGCGACGCACACCACGAACGGGGCCGUGCUCGAUCGGAGGUACGUCGCGGGGUUGACGGAGACGACGGCGAACCAGACGCGCGUGCCGAGGCGAACGCACCCGGCGAGCGCGUCGCCGACGAUUGCGGAUGAGCACGGUGAAGAGGGAGGUACGGGAGACGCGAUGAGCACGGCGAUGAGUCGAGCGUCGUUGGGAUCGUUGUUCGCGACGAGUGCGCAGGAUGUGGAUCCGUCGACGAGGAGUGAGACGUCGGUGCACGGGAAGGAUGCGAGCGUAAGAUCCGGGCACGAGCACGCGACGCCGGCGGGGCGAAAGGGAUUCGGGGAGGAUCAGGAGGUUCCCACGCGAACGACACCGUUCAGUGAUCGUGUGGAAAAGCAGUUGCAGGCGUCGGCAAUAAAGGGCAAGCGUCCGGAGGACGCAACGCCGUAG